AUCAUCUAUUGGAGAGGUGUACAUGGGAUUUGAAGUUUACAGUAACGAAUUUCGCGAAUUAUAAUAUGAUUGUUGUCUCUAAUGGUGUAUGUGUUGAAGAAAGCAGUGUGGAAGCACCAAUUGAUUCGUCAUCGGAUGAAAAAAUAACAAAAAACAUUUUUAAAUACAAAUUGGAUGUACCAACCUCAGCACAUCAUAUUGGUUUUGCUGCCGGACCAUUUGAACGGAUAGUGUUUGAAUAUGGUGGCAAUGAAAAAAAUUAUCCGGAAAUUAGUGGUUACUGUCUUCCUCGUCGAUCUGCAGUACUAAAAUCGACCUUUGGUUUGGAUACCGCUGAUCGUUGGUCAUUUUUAAACGAAGCCAUGAAAUUUUUCAUGGAUGAAUAUCAAAAUUUCCAUAAUCAUUUUCCGAACUUGACUGAGCCUCAACUCUUAAAAUCACCUGGAUUCUUUCCAUACCCCUCUUAUAAACUGGUAUUCGUCGAGAAUACUUUUGCUCCUGUUACAUCAAUAGCAAGUAUGUCAAUAUGCAGCUUUGAUCUUUUGCAUCCUAUUGAUAUAAUCGAUCAAGUUUAUGAUACACGAAUGCGAAUGGUUCAAGCCUUGGCUACUCAAUGGUUUGGAAUAUUCAUCCUACCACUGUUUAUGUCCGAUGUAUGGCUAACACUUUCAUUAGCGAAUUAUUUUGCACUAUUAUUCUUAACAAAGCUUUUCGGCAAAAAUGAUCUAAAGUAUCGCAUUAAAAAGGAUAUGGAACGAGUCUGUCAAAUGGAUGUUGGACGACCUCCAUUAGUAGAUCGUAAUAUUGGGAAUCAAUUGGAUAAUAAAGACGUAGAUUUUAUGCGAGUUAAAGGGACAUUGGUUCUAUAUAUGCUUGAUAUACGCAUACGUAGAUGUGCAUAUUACCCCGGCAUUCCCGGUGUAAUUGCUUCUAUUCUACGUGCAUCUCAGAAUAAUCGAUUAAAAUAUAAUUUAGUUUCGACGAGGAUAUUUACGGAUGAGUGUACAGCUGCUGUUCCUGAAAGGGUAGAUAUGAUUAAGAGAUUCUUCCAACAAUGGAUAUAUUCCAGCGGCUGUCCGAAAUUUGACAUAAAGUAUAACUUUAAUCGUAAAAAGAUGAUGGUUGAAUUUCAAAUAUCUCAACAAAAUACCAACGCCAUUGACGGCAAAAUUGGCGAUGCAUUUGCGUGUGGCAUCAAACCAAUGCCUGUAUUUACAGGACCAAUGAUCGUCUGUGUCCAUGAAGCCGAUGGAAAAUCUUAUGAACAUAUGCUCAACAUCCAAGGAUCAAAUGAGAAACAUCAAGUGCCAUACCAUACCAAGUACAAACGCAUACGAAGAAACACGAAACGUUUCAAAGAGAAGCAAGCUGCGGCUAAAGAAGAAAUGAAAGCAUCAAGUGCAGGAUCUGUAAUGUGGGGAUACAAGAUUAGUGAUAGUGAAAAAUAUGAAUGGGAAUUUACAGCAUGGGGUGAAGAAGUUGAUGAUGAAAAAGGUAAUUCCACUGGAGAAACCUUUGAGUGGAUACGCGUGAAUGAAGAUAAUGGGUGGCUCUGUGAAAUGCAAUUUAAUCAGCCGGAUUAUAUGUGGGCAACUCAAUUGCAAAAAGAUAUCGACGUCUUGGCUCAAUAUGAGGCUGUUCAAAUGCUUGGUAAUAUGCCUUCACGCGAAGCUUCAAGUACCCUUCUUCAAACAUUAUUGGAUGAGAGGUAUUACUGCAAAGUACGUAUGGAGGCAGCCUAUGCAAUGGCAAAAUGUGUAGGCAGAACAGGCAGAGCUGAUCUUGGUUCGAUUGGUUUUAAUCAGUUGGUUAAAACUUUUAAGAAACUUUAUUGUAUCACGAAUGGUGAGAAGUACGUGCCAGAUGCAAACAAUUUCUCUAACAUUAAUGACUAUUUCGUAAAAAAAGGUAUUGUGUGGGCAAUAUCAAAUGUAAAGCAUCAUCAAGCAGAGAUUGUUGAAUUCAUAAUGAAAUUGCUACAAUAUAAUGACAACACGGGAAAUGAAUUUUCCGAUAAUUAUUAUGUUGCAACACUUAUUAAUGCGCUUGGAAACGCAUUCACAUCAGAUAAACCUAAUCCGAAUGACAACAAGACAGAAUAUAUUUCUGAAGAUAUUUCUGAUUCUCUUGAGGAAGCACUUCAAGAAUUAGAAAGGUAUCGAUAUCGAGACAUGAUGUUUCCGACAUACAGGAACACUACAACGGUAGCAUACAUCGAUACCAAACACAAACUUAUGAAAAACUUGUUUAAUGAAUUAUUGCCCGAAGACAAGAAUUUAUUCUUAAUUUUCUCGCUCUAUGGGCACCAUCCGGAUGUUCGUCUGGCAGCUUUCCGUGCAAUAAUCUCACUUGAUCAAUGGAAAACCAAAUCUGCAGUCAACUAUCUUAAAGAGGUAGCGAUGACGGAUCCUUCUUUGACUAUUAGACGACAGCUUCAACAAAUAAUGACAGGAAAAGAUCUUGGACCGCCAUGUUGGAUUCCGUCUUAUAAGGAUGUAAAUGACAAUGCUCGUCCUCUUCAACAGGCGGAAGUUAAGCAGCAAUCCACGGAACUUAGAAGAGUGCAAAAAUCUGAGCCUAUGGAAUUUGAAAACGUCGUCGCUGAAAAGAAACGUAAGUAUGAAGGGGUGGACAGAAUAGAGAAUAAAAAAUCAAAGAAACAAACGUCGACUGUAGAUUCCCAGAUUCAACCCGAAGCAUCAAUAUCAAAAACCAAUAAAUCUAGCUCGGGCAAAAGCUCCAAAAAGAAGGGUGGAAAGAAAAAGGAGGCAGUAGUUCAAGAGGUUCAACCAGUUGUACAAAACCCGCCAGCGCCAAUUGAACAGCCUGCCCAAACUUCUGAAACUCCUCAACUUCCACAACGCACGUUAUUGAUCUUGAAAAUGAAAAAAUAA